GUAUAGGUAUUACUCCGCCUAAAACAGCAACGUCCGUCAGCUGUUAGGUGGUAGAGAGUUACCGAACUUGCCUUGAAGUAUACUCCAGCAACCUUUACUCAAGCGGCUGUUCGUCUUUUCAGAGCCGAAGUUGUAAGUCAGCGGUUCUACUCGCCCUGAUAUAAGCUGUGUUCUCAGUCAGACAACGGCCACGGCUCGGACCGACCGGACUGAUUACAAAUUGGAGAUGUGACCUGUCCCGAUUUACAUUUCGGUCGCUUGGUGCUUGAGAUCAUCCGCGCCCCUGAGGUUGGCCGGGUCACGUGGUUCAACAAUGACGUCAUUGCAUUCCAGCGGCCAUCUUCAUCGGUUGCUCCUAACAACCGCUAUCAUCACGUGUGGAGUAUACGCUGUUCCUCCGCCGCCCAAUCUUGACGUCAGCAGAUGGACCGUUGAUGUCACAAAUGAGGCUCUGGAGGAGGCGCACCACACACGCGCUAGGAGAGCGGCGAUCGACACGACGAAGUACAAGUAUAUAUGGGUGUCUCAGUGCGGCUAUGGCGUGGACAAGCCGGCAGAUCUGCCUGCGAUUGAGGUGGCUGCAACACUUCAGGCCAGUGAUGAGGCGCAUCAAACGGCGGCUAAGCUUAUUUACCGGAUGACUCGCUUCAUGCCUUUGCGCAUGUUCGAACCGUUAGCAAAAGGUGGAAGUGUCGGGGUGUUCUCCAAUUCUGAGGUUAUCGGAGAUUUUCCCGAGUUCCAGAGUACCAAAAAUACCGAAAUUUGUGGAUCCAGUUGUUCUGGAAGCUGUCGGUACACGUGCACCGCAGAUGGUCGUAAGAUAGACGAUCUGGUUGGGUACGGUGGGUCUCGCGCCGUGAUCAGGGAGGACAACCUACUGUGUCAGGAUUCCGACCCUUACCGGGGAACCCUCAACGUUCUCUGUCACGAGUUUGGUCACACCAUUAACUUCAGGGCCCUGAAUAAUACGCAUAACACCGUGAUCAAAAACUCUUUCAGUACCGUUGCUGAUAAAUGGAAGUCGGGGACUUACGCUACCAGCAACCGACGAGAGUAUUUUGCCGAGGCAGUGACUUCCUAUUUCUUGACGUCUUUGACCUCUGAAAGUACUUCCGGUGGUAUGAACAUUUGCGGACGUGGCCUUUGUACAGACGAGUGGUCAAGCAGGCAGAAUUUGAAAGACAAGGACGAAGAGAUAUUUACUUUAGUUGAUGAGGUAUUUACAGAUCACCGCUUGUAUCUAGAGGGUCGGAUUGGAGUAUGUAACUGGCAGUGACCAUAUGAUUACCUCUAAGUUGGUUAAUUUAUAUAACCAAAUGAAGAAAGAAAACAACGAAUGAAUUUAAAGUCAAAUUCUGAAACCUCUAACCUGAAAUUGAGAAUUACAAGUGACAAAAUUACCUCACAUAAAAAAGUAUAUUUUGGGAGAUGAAUUCAUCACCGUUCAUCAUAUGGGUUUUUAGAUGAAUAUAUGUUUUCUUGAGAGGUAAUUUGUACAAUGCGAAUAUUUUGAUACUACAUCGGCUUUUACCAUUCCUAAAAUUCCAAAAAUAUUUUUGUAUGGUUCCUUAUAAACGAUGGUAACAUCUUUACCAGAAUCAUGCUUGAUUUCAAGUGAUUUUUGAAAUAAACAAUUGUUUUA